AUGGAUAAACAUUUUCUAAAAACCUCUUCAUCAUCCGAUCUAGGUUCAUCGGAUAAUGAAAGUAAUCUUCAGUCAACAUCUCACUUAUCAUUGUUUCCAUCUUUACAUUCAACUAUAGUUUCGAAUGAAACAUACAACGACAUAGAUGAAGAAAUCGAAAAUCAAAAUUUUCUUUAUGAUAACUCUACUUUUUCACGAUCAUCAACAAUGAUUCGAUGGCAAUCAGAAAUGGAAAACUUCAAUUUUCGUUCGAGUUUUUCUCAACAACAGCAACUUUCCUCUGGGGAAUCCUAUUUUAGUAAAGAUGUUUUAGAUAGGAAAAAUGUACCCACAUCAUCAUUAACAAAUGUUUUAAUUUCACCGAUGUCUCGCUUAUCAGCAUCAUCGUCUAUGAUGUCAUUCAACAGCAUCCCUAAUCACAAAACUUUUGAGCAACAAACGACUCGAUCAACACUAACCAGUUCAACGGAUCAAUUGAUUACAUCCAGUGAGAACAUCGAUCGUUUUACUACUCCACAAUCAUCUCUGCCAUUAUCAACACCGUUAUCUAGCCGACAAACACUCGCUUCAGUCGACAAUAUUCCUUCCAUUCUCACCGACAACGAUCUACAACGAGUGCCACCUUCAUUCAGGCCUAUUUCUUCUUCUGCGACCUUUGGCAAUGGCCCUCUUCUUCAGUCUCAACCACAGCCUCAAGUCAUUCAUACUGCCAACCGAUCCAAUCCCAUGCCAUCAUGGCGAGGCUACUUGCCCAUGAGAUUUGAGCCCAUGACCAUGGAUCAGUAUCAGAUCAAUACUCACUUCUCACAGAAAGUCUUCCUCGGUGGUAUUCCACCUGAGCUCACCGAAGCUGAAUUGCUGUUGGUGUUGCGAAAGUUCGGCAAGUGCAACAUCAAGUGGCCCAAAAACGACGGACUCAGUCACAACAUGCCAGGUUUUUGUCAUGUUGUGUUUCGCGAGUCGCGAUCAGUGUGCGAGCUUCUCAAGCACUGCACCCGACAACAACGAUCGACCGUCGACUACUUUCUUCAUAUUCACAUGUCGCUAACGUCAUCAACACUCACAACAACAACGACAACAACAGCAGCCGGAGGUCAAUCUUCAUCAUCGUCGGGCGUUUCACUUCGACCCAAUCGACUCAAACCAAUUCAAGUUGUGCCGUGGAACAUGAAAGACAACGUGUUUGUCGUUCAACAAGAGAACAUUGCCGCCCUCGAUCCAUCCUACAAGGAUUGGUCACGAACAAUCUUUGUGUCACCACUACAUGGCAAGAUGACUGCAUUCAGUUUGGCGACGAUCAUGGCCAAUGUGUUUGGCUCGGUGUCCAUGGCUCAGAUCAACACGGACAAGUAUGGAUAUCCGACGGGUACUGGAACGGUGUUGUUCUGCGAUUCGCAUAGUUACAUGCGAGCAGUGGCUGCAGGUGCGAUCGACAUCAAGUGUGACUGUUUUCAUAAGUUGCUUGAUAUUGAUCCAUUCUUGCGUGAAAACGAACCGUGUGCAUUUUGUCCAUCGGUUGCUGACUUGUUCUGUCGAAACUUUCAUUGUCUUCGAUCGUACUGCAAACAAUGCUGGAUUAAUCGUCAUGGAUCAAAACCAUUGGCUGACCAUCAACCUGCUACUCGACGACAACAGAUAUUUUAA